CACUAAUGAUAAAUUUUUCACAGUCCAAAAAGAUUUCAGAAACAUAAAGUCCUUUGACUGCAACUUCAUUAGAAAUUGUACAACUUUUUUGUGUUUCACAUACAUUGCAAGAUUUUUAAACAGAUCAAAAUAAACUGCAAACAAAAAUUGAUCAAUGGACUGCCUGAGCAGCUUGGAUAGUGUCUUAGUCAAUCAGCAAGUCGAUUUCCAGGAGGUUGUGAUCGGCUUCAGUAGGAACAGAAGGUACUUCGUUCGCGCCGCUCUUAAGACAGAUCCGAUCCUAACCGCCGUGCAGGAUAACAAGUUUGUCGAUCGCGUUACCAAGCCAAAUUAUAUGUUUACACUACGGGUCAUGAACCCAUCAAGUACUCAAGUAAUGCACAUUGACCGUAUCAAACCGGACGCCUACUUCAAGCAGCCGAGAGUGGAGGUCCUCGCACCACCCGGCAACCUGAUCGGCGUCAUCAAGUUGCACAGCUUCGCCUGUCCGCGCACUCUGCACGUCAUGAACACCAAGGAUCAGUUGGAGUACGUCAUCAAUAACAGCAACGACUGUUGCGGAGGCUUUGAGGCUAAGUUCGUUGUAACUGAUGUUCAUAAAAAAGAAAUAGCUCUUAUUGAAAAGUUGUUUGGAGGAGUUAUUAAAGAAAUCUAUACGGACUCCGACAAUUAUAAAGUCAAUUUUAAGGGUUUGGAUACUCGCACCAAGGCGCUUUUACUGGCCAGCGUCUUUUUCAUUGACGGCUUAUUCUUUGAAACAACAGCAGUACGUAAAUUUCUCAUCUGACUGUGGGUCUAUCUUUCAAACUUAUGCAGUGCGGAUAAAAUGACUUCAAUUUAUCACGUCAUUCAUUAUUCUACUACAUUUCAAAGCAGUUUUACUGUAAAACUUUUACAUACUAUAACGAUCUGAUUAUAUUUUAACAAACUUAGGUACAAUAAAUUGUGAAUGAUUAAUUAA